AUGGCUUCCUCCUCCCACGAUGAUUCAGAAGCCACCGCCACCUCCACCUCCACCGCCAGCCCUGCCCCAACCACUGAACACUCCGCCGAUUACAAUGAAGCGGAUUCAAAGUCUUCCGCCAGAGGCGAACGAGGCGCGGGUUCGGAUGAAGCGCAAGCGAACUCCAGUGGCGUUGAAUCUACUCGAUCUAUUCCUCCGGAUUGGAACGAUGCUGCUGCUUUGUUGGAGAGAGGAACGGCAGCUUUAUUGGAUGGAGUAUACACAGAGGCACUGGAGUGCUUCAAGCCAUCUGCAAACCUUGCAAAUGCUCCUCCUCAUUCUUCUCUCUUUUUCAGGGUUGAGCAGUAUGGGAGACAUGCUCCAGAAUGUGUCCUGGCAUACUACAGAUAUGCCCUAACAUUGAUAUAUAAAGUUCCACUUGCAUCAGAAGAUGAUCGAGGCGGUAGGGCGGGGCCAGAGGCUCACAGUGGGUCAAUUAGCGGAGAUAUUGAGGGGGGUGAUGAUUCAGAGAGCCUGGAAUCUGCACAGGUUGAACUGGAGCUUGCAUUUUCCAUUUUAGACAUGCAGAAAGGUCCCACAAUGGAGAAAGUGGAGAUCUUGUCAGCCCUGGGAGAGCUUGGAGCUAAAAAAUCGGAUUUUGCAUUCUCUGUGGAAAACUUUCGGAUAGCGCUCUCCAUGUUGCAGAAAUUGGUUGCUCCGGAUAAUCAAAAAUUGGCUUAUCUUACAACUGAAGAUGCCAUAGCAUGGUGCGAGCAUGCCAUAGGGGUCAGUAGAAAACGGCAGAAGCAGAUCACAACAGAGUUGGGAGAAUUGAAUGUUACUGAGACGAAUCAGGCACCAACCCAUAUGUCCACUAUUGAUCUUUACAUUUCGAAAAAACAAGCUGAGCUCAGUGUAGUAAAUGAAGCUUUAGCCCUGUUUCAAGCGAAGCUCGCAACACUGGAAUGGAAGCUCCUAGGAUUGCAAGCCACAUCCUCUAGCUCAUCACAGAGCCUGGAGCAGUCCUCUGCUGACUCAACAAGCAGGCACUCAUCAAAGAGUGCAUCUCCCCAGCACAGGGAUGAUGUCCUUUCUCCACCUGCUUCUACUGCUGGGACAAGUAAGACAGAUCAGAGUGUCAAUGCACAGGGAACCAAGAGACAACUGCGAAUGGAACCAACCAGCGAAGAACACACUUCAAAAAGAUAUGCAUUGGAAGUUUCAGUAGAGAAGCGGAAGGGUAUUGAAGGUGCAAGCGCAGAAAGUACUCCAACAAAGAUAACCCCUUUGGAUUCGAUGACAGGGGAGCAUGAGGAAGGUGGAAAUGCACAAAGUACCCCAACAAAGAUUAGCCAUUCAGAUUCAGGAACAGGGAAGGGCAGCGGAAGUGGAAUUGAAGAGGGUUCUCCAAAGGCCACUACCCAUUCGGAACCAAGGACAGGGAAGGGCAAGGGAAGUGGAAGUAAGGGUGAGGGAAGUGAAGAAAGUUCUCCAACAAAGAUUACCCCUGCAGUUUCAGGGAAGGGUGAGGAAGGUGCAACUUGA